AUGAGCCGCCAAUUCACCUGCAAGUCUGGAGCUGGCAACAGGGGCUUCAGCGGUUGCUCUGCAGUCUUGUCUGGGGGCAGCUCAUCCUCCUAUCGGGCAGGAGGCAAAGGGCUCACUGGGAGCUUUGGUAGUCGGAGUCUCUACAGCCUGGGAGGUGCCAGAAGCAUCACUCUCAACAUGGCCAGUGGCAGCGGCAAGAACGGAGGUUUUGGAUUUGGCAGGAACCGGGCCAGUGGCUUUGCUGGCAGCAUCUUUGGCAGUGUGGCCCUGGGACCUGUGUGCCCGGCUGUGUGCCCACCUGGAGGCAUCCACCAGGUUACAGUCAAUGAGAGCCUCCUGGCCCCACUCAACGUGGAGCUGGAUCCGGAGAUCCAGAAGGUGCGCGCGCAGGAGCGGGAGCAGAUCAAGGCUUUAAACAACAAGUUUGCCUCCUUCAUCGACAAGGUGCGCUUCUUGGAGCAGCAGAACCAGGUGCUGGAGACCAAGUGGGAGCUGCUGCAGCAGCUGGACCUGAACAACUGCAAGAACAACCUGGAGCCCAUCCUUGAAGGCUACAUCAGCAACAUGCGGAAGCAGCUGGAGACACUGUCUGGCGACAGAGUGAGGCUGGACUCCGAGCUGAGGAAUGUGCGUGAUGUGGUGGAGGACUACAAGAAGAAGUACGAGGAGGAGAUCAACCGAAGGACGGCUGCAGAGAAUGAAUUUGUGCUGCUAAAGAAGGAUGUGGAUGCAGCUUAUGCCAACAAGGUGGAGUUGCAGGCCAAGGUGGACUCCAUGGACCAGGACAUCAAGUUCUUCAAGUGUCUCUAUGAAGCUGAGAUGGCCCAGAUCCAGUCCCACAUCAGCGACAUGUCCGUCAUCCUGUCCAUGGACAACAACAGGAACCUGGACCUGGACAGCAUCAUCGAUGAGGUCCGUGCCCAGUAUGAGGAGAUUGCCCUGAAGAGCAAGGCCGAGGCCGAGGCACUGUACCAGACCAAGUUCCAGGAGCUGCAGCUGGCAGCUGGCCGCCACGGGGAUGACCUCAAACACACCAGGAAUGAAAUCACCGAGCUGACCCGGCUCAUCCAGAGACUCCGCUCAGAGAUCGAGAACGCCAAGAAGCAGGCUUCUAAUCUGGAGACAGCCAUCGCUGAUGCCGAGCAACGAGGGGACAGUGCCCUCAAGGAUGCCCGGGCCAAGCUGGAUGAGCUGGAAGGCGCCCUGCACCAGGCCAAGGAGGAGCUGGCCCGGAUGCUGCGUGAAUACCAGGAGCUCAUGAGCCUAAAGCUGGCCUUGGACAUGGAGAUUGCCACCUACCGCAAGCUGCUGGAGAGCGAGGAGUGCAGGAUGUCAGGAGAGUACCCAUCCCCUGUCAGCAUCUCUCUCUGUCUCUCUCUCUUUGCAGCCAUUAUCAGCAGCACCAGUGGCAGUGGAGGCUAUGGCUUCCGGCCCAGCACCGUCAGCGGUGGCUACGUGGCCAAUAGCACUAGCUGCAUCUCUGGAGUGUGCAGCGUCCGCGGUGGGGAGAGCAGGAGCCGAGGCAGUGACUACAAGGACACCCUAACGAAGGGCUCCAGCCUGAGCACCUCCUCCAAGAAAGGCAGCCGGUAGAGAGGGCUUCCUGUGGCUCCUCUCCCUCAGAACCCCCUGUGUCCUAGCCUACUGUCCCCUUCCUACUCCUUUGUACCACACCGGGGCCCCUGGAUUUGUCCUUAGCCAACCUCCACUCUUUUCCCUCCAGUCUUCUGAGCCUGGGUCGCUCUGAGUUACCACGUGGGAUGCACUUCUGAUAGACAGCAGAGCUUCGCUGGCUUUGGCCUCUGCCCAUGUCCAGCCUGUCCCUUCCACCAGCCUUUGCCUCUGUCCUUACCUGGCUUCUUGGGUCUCAACCUGGGCUUUCUCAUCUGCUGAGCUUUUGUCCCAGCUCCUGCCGAUGACAGGAGUAGCUUGGAAUCCAAGAGGGCAACUAACAGACAAUGAACUCAGAGUGGCCUGCCCACCCAACUCUGGCACAGUCUCAUUUUGAGUGGGACCACUCAGUAAAGGACUCUGUCUUCACUUCCCCGCACCCAGAACCAGAGAAAAGAGGACCCUCAUGGCUUCUCCUGUAUCCUUUAAUGCCCUCCCUGUUGCAUCCUCAAUAAACUGUGCAAUCUGA